GCACAGGAGGUGGUCACUACCGAGUCGAACCCAGAAGAGAUUUCUGAGAGCAAUGAUUUUACCCUUAAAGUCGAGAACAAGUUCUUGGAUGCCAAAGGACCUGAUAUGGAGGCGAUGGGCUUCGGUACCGAGGAAAGUCGAGUCAGCAGGAACACUUUGGCAAGUAAAAAAAGCGAUCACAGGUUCAGAUGGGAAAUAGAAG